UUCCCACACAGCAACACAUCUAUCAAUCUUCUCACUCUCUUUGCUUAUUUUCUUCCGCUAGCUAGCUCAUAGUUGCCAUGGCCUUGUUUGCGAGCAAGAACAAGAAGAUGCUGGUCUCGAUGAUCGCCGCUGUUGCCGCUUUGGCUGUUUUUGCUCCCAUGACGGCUUCGGCGAAACAGUACGUGGUGGGCGAUGAAAAUGGUUGGACCAAGGAUUUUGAUUACACCACUUGGACCGCCGGCAAGCAAUUCUUCGUCGGCGACUCCCUUGUGUUCAACUACCCAGCGGGAAAGCACAACGUGUUCAAGGUGAACGGCACAGACUUCAUGCAGUGCUCGAAGCCACUUGUUGGCGCUCCACUUACCACCGGGAGCGACGAGAUCCCACUCAAAACCACCGGGAGGAAAUGGUACAUCUGCGGCGUCUCCGGCCACUGCUCCUCCGGUCAGAAGCUCGUCAUCACCGUCUUGGACGGAUCUGCCGCUCCGGCGCCGACGCCGACCUCGCCAUCAACCGGCGCCGCCUCUGGGAGCAUCAUCAGUGCUGGGUUUGCUGCUACCAUGGUGGUCGUCGGCGUUCUUGGGAUGUUCAUGUGAUCUGAAAUUGAGUUGUGUGUUUGGGAGUGAGACUAAUAGCGAUAGAGUUAUUGAAUUUUGAUUUUGUAAAAUUUGACCUUAGAAGGUCUGCUAAAUGUCUAAUUCAAUGUUUUUUUUUAUUUUUUUGCAUUUUGAAGCUUUGAUUUUUCAUAUUUUAUUUAAAAUAAAUUUAUUUCGGGUGAAAGUGCAUUUGCUAAUUGCUGCUAUACUGUAUAUGCCCUUCUUUAGUAUUCCUUUGUGAUUAUGUUGAUUAUCAAUUUCAAACUUUGAAUUUUCAAAUACUGUAUAACCUUUUCAAAUUAAUAAUCAAUAAAUUAAUAAUUUUUUCAGUACCGACUUGAACUAGUGUAAAAAAAUGAGCAUUUUUAUUAAAAUAAUAAGAUAAUAAUUUUUGGCAACCAACCUACAUGGAUUUUCAACUCUAUAAAUUAAUAAUGGUAAAAAUACAAUUCAUCUAGAAAUUUAUAAUAUAAAUAGGAUACCAUAGAAAAAUAUGAAUAUUUAGUUUUUUUGUUUAUUCUUGAAGUUCAAGUCUAAUAGAAGUUCAUCUUGAACUUUACUCAUUGCACUCAAAGUCUCCGGUGAUGUCUUCUCUGAUUGCAUCAAGUACUUUUGAAGAGUCGAUGCGGCUUUAAGUGCUUUCUUUCGCAUGACCGGUUCCAAAGGUGUUGAAUUGUCAUAUCCUUCAUUCUCAAUUGAACCCCAAUGACAUCAGCCACAAAUCUAUAAUAUUCUGAUUAUAGAAACGCUUAAUGAUGAACCUUCUAUUAGUAUAAGAGUUAAAUUGGUACCAACAUUAAAUAAUGAGCAUGGAGCCUUUGAUUCUUUAAUAGUUAUCUCGGUUCGUUAUAAAUUUCUCUUUUUUGAAUUUAACUUUAUCACUAUGAAAUUUGAUCACAUCAUUGGCUUCUGGAUAAUUACAUUUUUCGGUUUAUAUAUAUAAUAUUGUGAAUAUAAAGACGCCUAAUCCAUUAAAAUAAAGGUAUACUUGCACCAUGAGCAGUCUAUUCUAUGUAUAUUAGAAGACCUUUCCAUGCUAAGCCAAAAGUGAAAAGAAGUCGUCAAUAGGGAAUUCAUCAAAAAAUUUCCAUGCUAAGCCAAAAGUGAAAAGAAGUCUUCAAUAGGGAAUUCGCAAGUAAAAUCAAAAUUUUGUAGUUUAUUAAAAUAACAUACACAAAAUGGAGAUGCAAGGGAUCGGACCCUGUACCUCCCGCAUGCAAAGCGGGCGCUCUACCAUUUGAGCUACAUCCCCAACAUAUUAAAAAAUGGAAGGAUGUAUACCUUUAUCUUAUCAGGACUUCUCAAGAUGUUUAUAAAAAGGGGCAUUCCGAGAAUCGAACUCGGGACCUCUCGCACCCAAAGCGAGAAUCAUACCACUAGACCAAAUGCCCUUAAUGAAAUUUAAAACCAUUCAUUUUAUAUUUAACUCACUCCCAAAAACAUUAACAUUUUGGAAUCUAUUUAUUUUCAUUUUUUGUCAAUUUCACAAUACACUUGAACUAUUAUGUUAAUCAAAGUGAAUGGCAUUCCUUUCAGAAGGAUCAAACCCCAAACUGCUUGAUUCAAGGACAUCAUGAUCAGCUAUCAAGUUGUACAUGAUACAAUCAUAUGUAUUUAUGAUGCUUCUUAAAGGUAUUUUGAAGUGUAUCUAUUUUUAUUUCUCGUCAAUGUCACUAUCAAGUUUAACUAUUAGAUAAUGAAAGUGAGUGAUAUUCCUUUGAGAAGGGUGUACAUGGGCUUGCGGUGCACCCUGCCGCAUCCUAAUGGUAGGGUGUAAACUUGACCCUAAAAAUCUAUUGACCCGCUCCUCGGUCAGUUUAGGGUCGGGUCAUUUUUUGACUCGGGUAGGGUCGAGCCAGUUUUUUGCCCUGUGACCCUUAUACAUGAAAUUCCACAUACCAACACAUUGGACUUAUUUGUACAAUUUUAAAAGUUUAGGCACUAAAUUGUAAAAAUAAAU